GCCAAAAUUGCAGAAGAAGAAAACUUGAGUGUGGCACUAUUGUGCACAGCAGAAUACACACGUGAAACCAACACCCAAUGUUUGUGUUUUUGAAAAUUUCGUGAUACACAGGUGGAUUGUUAUCAUUUAAUGAAGAAUGUAGUACCUGUGAAAGAAAAUACUUAAGAUGUGGACCACCACAAAGACAACCAAAUACGGCGUUGCCGUCUACAAUUGGAAAGGUGACACUCGUUAUGGUUUGCCACUAGAGAUAGGCGAAACAGUUCAAAUUCUUGAAGAAUGUGCAGGUUGGUUUAGAGGCUUCUCAACGAAAAAUCGUGCAGUAAAGGGAAUUUUUCCAAGUUCAUAUGUUCAUCUAAAACCUUGUAAAAUUGAUAAUGAAGGUCUCUAUGAAUCAGUUAUACCCCUUGAAGACCCUGUUGUACGAGAAGUCACUCUUGUACUUCGAGAAUGGGGUGGAAUUUGGAAAAGAUUAUAUGUGGAGCGGGAAAUUUACAAAUUCAAUACUCUAAGAAAAGUCAUGCAAGAUUUACUGGAAUGGAGAAGACAACUUUUGGCUGGAACUCUAACGACUGAUCAAACACGUGAAUUGAAAUUGCAAGUGAUUAACAAGGUGGAUUGGGGAAAUCGAAAAUUAGGCCUCGAUUUGGUGCCAAGACAAGGUGCUCACAUGGUGGAUCCGGAUGAUAUGUCAGUAGUGGAACUUUAUCACGUGCAUGUGCAGAGUGCGGAAAAUUCACAGGGUUCAUCGGCAAUUGGUACAUUGAAGCGUAAAGUUCAAAAGAAAGUUUUAACUCAUCAUUUGUACUUUUGUAUGAGAGACUUUGGACAUUCAGUUGGUGAGGAUACGGAAAUUUAUUUUUCACUAUACGACGGUAGACGAAGUCAAUAUAUUAGUGAACGUUUUUUGGUGAAAAUAUCGAAAGAAGGAUUUUCAAAUUAUGUGGAAAAAAUGCACAGCAAUUGUACAAUAUUCACGGAUUUAGGAAACGCUGAUCUUGGUCGCGAUUUAUAUAUGGUUGCACAUGUUAUGCGUUGUGGUAGAAUGCUCUAUUCAGAUUCGGGAAAAAAUAAAGCAGGAGCUACAACUUAUAGAAGACCACAUGGGGUUGCUGUACUUUCACUCGCUGAUGCCUCACAAAGUCACACCGAAGAGUCCGAACUCACUUUUAAGGUUUAUCAGGGAGAUGAAAAGGAAUUUCACCAGUUGCACGAGCAGAUAAUUCGUAACAACAAAUGUUCGCCGCUUCCAGGUCAACCGAAUUACGGCAUAGUUGUCUCGUUUCGUGUUCUUCACGGUGAAUUAUGCCAGGUGCGUGAGGAGAAUCCAUUGCUGUUCAAGAAUAUUUGUUUGACUAAAAAACUUGGAUUUUCUGACGUCAUAAUGCCGGGUGAUGUUAGAAAUGAUUUGUACCUGAGGUUAGAACGAGGUGAAUUUGAACGUGGUGGCAAAUCAACUGGAAAAAAUAUUGAGGUGACUAUACUUGUUUUGGAUGCGGAAGGUCAACCAUUAGAAGGUUCUUUGUUUGGAGCAGCAGGAACUGAAGGAAGUUCCGAAUACCAAAGUUUGGUUAUUUAUCAUCACAAUAGUCCGACUUGGGCUGAAACUGUGAGACUCGCUAUACCAAUUGAUAAAUUUUAUGGAAGUCAUGUUCGUUUUGAAUUCAGACAUUGCUCCACACGGGAUAAAAAUGACAAGAAGCUGUUUGCUUUUGCCUUCGUUCAUUUAAUGGAAGCCGGUGGUGCAACAUUACAAGAUGGGCAACACGAACUUUUUAUAUACAAAUGUGAAGAGAAAAGUAAACUUGAAUCUUCGAAUUAUUUAUCUCUUCCUAGUACACCACGAGAUCCAAAUUAUCCAGGUAUUCCGCCAUUUUCGAGAUCGCCGAAAGAAGCAGUUUUUAUAACAACGUUACUUUGUAGUACAAAAUUGACGCAAAAUGUCGAUAUAUUAAGUUUAUUGCAAUGGAAAGCACAUCCAGAGAGGAUAUCUGAUUCGUUGACGAAAGUUUUACGAUUGGAUGGCGAGGAGACGGUGAAAUUUUUACAAGAUAUUUUGGAUGCAUUAUUUUCAAUGUUUCACACGGAGGAUGGAAAUUCAACUGUCUAUUCGGGAUUGGUAUUUCAAGUGUUAGUUUCAAUAUUUAGUUUAUUGGAGGAUUCGAAAUUUGAACAUUUUAAACCAAUGAUGAAUGCAUAUAUUUCGGGUCAUUUUGCGGCUGCACUUGUUUAUAAAGGAUUAUUAAGUAGUAUACAACAUUGUGCUGAUUGGGUGACAACUUCGGAUAGACAAGAGCCAAUAAUGAAAUGUUUUCGAUCAUUGGAAUAUAUAUUUAAAUUUAUUAUACAAAGUCGAUUAUUAUUUGCGAGGGCAACGGCUGGACAAUUUGAAGAUAGUUUCAAGAGAGAUCUUUAUUGUUUAUUUACGGCAUUGAAUAAAAUGCUUACAUUACCAUAUGAUUUGGUUUUACAAUCACAAGUGGCAUUGUUAAUGUCGAUUCCAACUGUUUUUGAACAAUUAAUUGCAGUUUUACCUGUUUUGGAGGUUGUUAAAUUGACAUGUACAAUGUUGGAUUCAAUACCAAGGGAACCACCUCCUCAAUUAAUACAAACAAAAUUACAAGCUAUUAAAAGUCUCGUGACGUCGGAAUUGUUUGAAGAUGACGAGAGUCGUAAUUUAUUGUUGAUUACAAUUUGUAAACAUUUGAGAAUUCAUUUAGCACGAAGAGAGGAAUUGAGAUCCUGUACUGAUAUUCUUGGUGAUAUUUUAAACUUUUUAUACAAGAGAGCAAGAGACACGAACAAAGUUAAUAAUUGCAUUCAUCAUGACAUUGAAACAUUAGUUCUUUCUAUUCUUGAUGUUUUAAUACAAACAAUAUUGAUUAUUGUUAAUGCAAAUGGACCAGUUUUGGGUAAUUUAGUGGCGUGUUUAAUUAGUUUACUUCAACUUCUAGAUGAAUAUCAUUAUUCAAGACUUUGGGAGGAAUUAACAUUGGGUGGUGAUCGUAAAGCACUUAAGGAAUUUUUAUUGAGAGUUUUUCUUGUACUACGUGAUUUAGUGAGACAAUCGAUAUUUGCAACUGACUGGCUUGUUAUAAGAAUGCAAGCAAAUAAUGUUAUUUUAAAAUCAUUACAAGAGCUUGCACAACCAUUGGCAUUUCGUUUUUUACACAAUAAUUUUGAUUUUCAAUUGUGGUCGACUUAUUUUAAUUUAGCCGUGGCUUAUCUCACACAACCAUCAUUACAAUUGGAACAAUUUUCUGAGGUGAAACGAGAGAAGAUUAUUGAAAAAUACGGUGAUAUGAGAGUACUCAUGGGAUUUCAAAUUUUAUCAAUGUGGUCACGUUUAGGUGAAAGAAAAUUGGAAUUUAUUCCCGGUAUGGUGGGACCAUUUUUGGAAGUAACACUAGUGCCAGAAAGUGAAUUGCGAAAAGCGACUCUACACAUUUUUUUUGAUAUGAUGGAAUGUGAACAACAAGCACGAGGAAGUUUCAAAUCUGUCGAGUCUGAAUUGAUAGAUAAAUUAGACAUUUUAAUUAGUGAGAAUAAAGGAGACGAUGAAUAUCGACAACUGUUUAAUACCAUGGAACACUUGAGUGCAGUGUUGCUGAACAAAGUACAAUCCGAAGAUCCAGCAUGGAAAGACAGUGGAAUUGUUUUCAUUACAUCAGUAACGCGAUUAUUAGAGCGAUUACUUGAUUACCGUAGUGUCAUUCAGGGAGAUGAAAAUCGAGAUAAACGAAUGUCUUGCACCGUCAAUUUAUUGAACUUUUACAAAAAUGAAUUUAAUCGAAAAGAAAUGUAUUUACGUUACAUUUAUAAACUUCAUCAAAUGCAUUUGGAGGCGGAAAAUUAUACUGAGGCAGGAUUUACGAUGAAAUUGUAUGCCGAUCAAUUGGGAUGGGGAUCAACAGUAUUACCAUCUGAUCUUGCACAUUCACAACAACCAGAAUGGCAACGAAAGGAACUUCUCUAUCAUCAAAUUAUUCGUCAUUUCGAUCGUGGUAAAUGUUGGGAAAAAGGAAUACCACUUUGCAAGGAAUUGGCAAUUUUAUAUGAGACUGUACUCUAUGAUUACGCACAAUUAAGUAAAAUUUUGAAGAUGCAAGCACUAUUUUUGGAUAAUAUACUCACGCAACUACGACCUGAACCGGAAUAUUUUCGUGUUGGUUUCUAUGGAUUGAGUUUUCCUCUUUUCGUUCGGAACAAAUUAUUUAUUUAUCGAGGUUUGGAAUAUGAAAGAAUAGGAGCCUUCACGCAACGACUUCAAACUGAAUUUCCCAGUGCACAAAUUUUAAUGAAAAAUUCACCGCCCGACGAAAGUAUUCUUACUUCCGAAGGACAAUAUAUACAAAUUUGCAAUGUGAAGCCAAUUCCAGAGGAAGGAAGUCUAGGUUCGGGUGCAAUUGACGUUCCUGAUCGUGUAAUUGCAUUUUAUCUCGUAAAUGAUGUAAGGAAAUUUACAUUUGACAGACCCAUGCAUCGUGGUCAAGUUGAUCGUGAAAAUGAAUUUAAAUCACUUUGGAUUGAACGUACAACACUUACAACUGAAGCUAAAUUACCCGGUAUUCUACCAUGGUUUGAAGUAAUUGACAAACGUUCGGAACUUUUGGCACCCGUACAAUAUGCAUGUGAGACAAUGCAAAGUGUUGAACGUGAAUUAAGACGAUUAAUUGUACAAUAUACAGCCGAACCGAAAAAGAAUAUUAAUCCAUUUAGUAUGCGAUUACAGGGAAUAAUUGAUGCCAAUGUAAUGGGUGGUAUAACAAAAUAUCAGGAGGCAUUUUUAACAACAGAAUUUGCAAGACAAAAUCCUGAUAUGGUGCCGCAUGUUAAUAAAUUGAAAAAUUUAAUUCUCGAUCAAAUGAGCGUUUUGGAAUCUGGUUUACAACUUCAUGGUGAAAUUGCACCGUCUGGUGUACAACCAUUACAUAAAAGAUUAAUUGAGAGAUUUACACAAUUGAAACGAAGUUUGGGACCGUUGACUAGACAACGAUUGUUGCAUCAAGACAGCAUUAUAAAUUCUCCUUUGCCUCCACUUCCAAUCGGCGAUAAGCAUCCAAUUACUUUGGAAACAGUGGGAUGUCGAAUAUCACACACGGAAAUUGAUGGAAUACUCGACGAUGAAGGAUUUUAUUCUAAAGUUGAUGUUUUUGGUCCAAAUCAAACACCGCCACCAAUUCCACAGAGGGAAGUUCGACCUCGAUCGGUGGGUUAUGGAACAACUCCACCAAGGCCAACGCAUCAGAGAACUCACAGUAAACCAUUGAGUCCAAAAUUACCAUUGAGGCACUCGCUACCAACACCUACCGAUAGUGUUGAUCAGACAAAUGUCAGAACCUCUUGGAGUGAAUCAGGAUCAGAGCCAGCGCCGCCACUUCCUCCUAGAAGCUGCACUUUGGAUAAGAGAGAUUCAAUAGCUAGUUCAAUUGGACCGCCAGCGCCGCCAAAACGACCAUUACAAAAACGUAGCACAGAAUGGAGUGUUGAUGAUGAUUCCGAUCAACAAUGCGAAACUAAUGACUUAAGAGACAGUGGAAUAUCAACCGCAAGUCUCUUGGAUUUUAAUCCACAAUUAACACAUUUAAAUAAUCUCAGUUAUGAAGACUUUGUACCACGAACCAAAUGCAACGAGAUAAUGAAUAUUUCACCACCUUCUGUGAUAAACGCUUUAAAUACUACCUGUACAAGUAACAAUUUUCCUAGUGGUACAUUCCAUGGUUCACAAAUUCUUCCCGAUGAAGAGGUGAGUCCUCCACCUAUACCCCCGAAAGCAAAUCAAGACGUUCCCUCAGCGCCCACAACAUUGGAAAGGGUUUCCAAUCGAACAUCGAAUUCAAGUCAUGUGGAAAAUUAUUCGGUGCCAAAAUUACAAACACUCUCAGUGGCAUCAGAUACGGAAAGUACCGUAUAGCAAUGUACCUCCUAGUCUUUUACAAUUAGUUGAUAGUCGUCGUAUGUAUGUAAACGUCAAAUAUAUAGGCAUUGAAUCUUUUUUGAUUGCGAUUGUUUAGUCAAUUAGCACAAAAAGCAUCGAAUUGUUUAUUAUAACAAAGAGAAAAAUGUUUUUGGUAAAAAAAAAAAAAGUCUACAGCCAAAGCGCAAUCAAAUUAGUUUUGAUGAAAUAUAAAUUUAUAUAUAUAAAUAUUAUUAUAUAUUAAAAGUCAAUAAUUUUUGCGCGUUCCAUCAAAUUUGAAAUUUCACACAAAUAUUCUCUAAUAAUGAAAAAAUCGAAUCAUUUACCCUUCAAAUCAUUGUAUAUCUUAUCUAUUUUAGUAAUCACUUUUCAUUUUAACGCGUUUCCAUUUUGAAAUCGUUUACUUUUUAAUGACGACACUCUUCCGAGUAUUAAUCCUAUUGUAAUUUAUUUAUAUUUUCAAAUAAGAAUAAAAAGUCAUUUUUAAUAA